AUGCACACCGAACAAGGCAGUGAUGCGCAGGGAAUGGUAAAUAUGAAAAUUGCCUUUUUUUUUCCUAUGAUUGAAGACGUCGCUAAUAGCUCCAGGGGAGAAAUGCCCCCGGCUGAGCGAAAGAACUACACCGAUGCAGUGCUAUGUCUGACUCAGAAACCACCUCGACUUCCAACCGCAGAGUACCCUGGAGUUCGCAGCCGAUUCGACGAUUUCGUUGCCACUCACAUCAACUAUACACUUCACGUCCACUACAGCGGUUUAUUUCUCCCGUGGCACCGCCGCUUCACCUGGCUAUGGGAGCGAGCUCUCCGAGAAGAAUGCGGCUAUACAAGCUAUCUUCCCUAUUGGAACUGGCCCCUCUGGACAAACGACCUGGGUAAAAGUCCCCUAUUCGACUGCAGCGAGACAUCCCUCUCUGGCGAUGGAGAGUAUAACCCAGGAGAACAACCUCUAUCCGGUGGAAAUGUUACUAUUCCCCGUGGCUCAGGUGGAGGUUGUGUCAAAUGUGGCCCCUUCAAAGAUCUACAGAUUCAUCUUGGCCCAUUCUCUCGCGACCUGACUUCAUUCACGGAGAUCCCCUCUCCAAAAUUCGAAUAUAACCCUCACUGUUUGAACCGAAGUCUUAAUAAUUUCGUGACAUCACACUAUAAUAACGCGACUAUUGUUUCGCGCCUCCUCGCAGCGACAGAUAUAGUUGAUUUCCAGACUGUUAUGGACCAUUGGCCUGCACAGCCAGAUGGCGUCCUUGGUGUUCACGGUGGGGGACACUUUAGCCUAGGAGCUACUAUGCAAGAUUUAUUUGCCUCACCGCAAGAUCCGGCAUUUAUGCUGCAUCACUGUAUGAUCGAUCGACUGUGGUCGAUGUGGCAAAGCACAGAUGAGAAGCAUCGGCGGCAUGCGCUCAACGGCACGACGACAAUUUUGAACCCGCCUUGGGGGCAGCUGGUCACGCUGAAUACAAUGAUGGAGUUUGGAGUCCUUGACCGACCGCGUAGGGUUGGUGAAGUGAUGAGUCCUACUGAGCAUGGGUUGUGUUAUUCAUACAGCUGA